AUGGGUGCAGGCGACGACGAUCAUGAUCGCAAGGACGCCGCCGCCAUGCUCGCGUCGCACAGCGCGUGGCGACAAAUGCUGGCAACAGCGGCGAGGCCGGCGGCGGCGCAUCAUCUCGAGGUUCCGCGGCGCCACGUCAUCAUCAAAUCAUGGAUUGGCUCUCCACACAGCAGCGGCGGCGGCGGCAUCACAGCAGGGGUUGCACCUGACAGGGACAGUGGUGACGGCGUUAAUGUCGCUGCUGCUGCUGAGGGGGCUGGUUUCAGUGAGAAUGUAGGUGUCGGUGGUGCCGAUGCCGCCAGUGGUGGUGCUGGUGGUGGUGCCGGUGGUGGUGCUGGUGGUGCUGGUGGUGGUGCCGGCACUGCUGUUCUUCCUGCCGCUGCUGCCCUCCAAGCACUCGCCCUCGCGUCGCUGCCGUCCCCCUCAGUUGUGCCGUCACUUGCAGCACCACUGGUCCUGGACGCUGACGUCAUUGCCGACGUGGCGAAGAACGGGGGCAUUCCCAGCGAGCCUCUGCUGGGUGCCUCGUGGAGCCCCGACGGCAGAAAGUACCUUCUGGCGCUCUGCUCUACCGGCGGGAUGUCCAACCAUCUCUUCUGCCUGCGUGAGUUUGCGCUGAUGGCAGGCGCUCUCAACCGAACGCUCGUCGUGCCCAUGGGGCCACAUGAGGUGGGCAGGGGCAGCAUGGAGGUGACUCACGUGCUGUGCCUUGUCAAGGGCUGCCACCUCGUGCCUGACGCUGCGUUCCUCAAGGUGUACAGCCAAGUGCCGGACGGUGUGCUGGUGAUCGGCGAGUUCAAGAAGCAACCCAUCACGGAUUCUAUAUUCUUCCGCAUGCUCUCCCCAAUGGACCUCCCGUUCCUGCUGCCCCCGUCACCGGGCAAGCAAAAGGGGAAACCUAAGCCUGCGAAGGUGGUGCCACGAGAAACAUGCCUCGCAUCUCCUGCCAUCCGGCCCCCUGAGCCACUGAUAGCAGCAGCGCGACACAUUGUGCAGCACCAUCUGCUCAACGGCCAGUUCUUGGCAGUGCAGUUCAGGAGGGGCGACUUCAAGGACUACUGCCGGAAGAAGCACCCCACGGAUGGCUGCUUUCUUCCAGUCGAUCAGGCAGCACAGUGCAUGCGCGAUGCUGCUAUCGCAGCACGUGUCCCUCUUGUCUUCCUCGCCACCAAUGCACGGCCACACGAGGUGGCAGCCAUUGCAGCAACGCUUCUUGAGGCGCCUCAACAACAGCCACUGGAGUUCGCAGCUACGGUUGCUGCGGCUGAUGCCGCUGCUGCUGUUGUUGCUGGUGCUGCUGCUGGUGCUGCUGCUGGUGCUGCUGCUGCUGGUGCUGCUGCUGCAACAGUUGCUGCUGCAGUGGAGCAGCAACAGCCAUCUACUGAGGCACUAAAGAGAAGACUGUUGAGUCAAUUUGCAGCUGAGGACCACCAGAGAAGAGGGCAGCAAGAGGAGGUUCCACUGCCACACAAAGCAUCGCGCUCACUGCAGGCGGUUGCAAAGCCUUCCGGGCCCGAUUCUCAGCCGUUGGAUCCACGAUCUCAGCGGAUGAUGCCCGCGAUUGCUCGGCGCAUGCUGCCUGGUGGUUCAAGCGGAGUUGAGGCUUCACUGCAGGAUGAGCUACAGCCUGCCAACAUCAGCAGCGUUCCUGAUGCUUUAGGUGGCAGCAGCAGUGCAGUGCAGCUUGUAACACUAGCGCAUCUGCUCUCUAAAGAGGACAGCAGCACGUGGGUUGAACCGCUUGUGGAAUCUGGCAUCAAUAUCAAGACCACCCCUCAAGCCGUGGCCACAUUAGAGAAGCUGGUGUGUGCGCUGGGUGCAGGCUUUCUGGGCACAGCCCACUCCACGUUCACCAAUGACAUUGUGCGGCUGAGGCAUGGGUUCCGCACUGCCAGGUGCAGCGAUGAUUAUAUCUGUAGCGCUGGGCCAAAAGAAGGGUAG